UUCUUCGUGUAUGGGAUGAUCUUCAGCUGCAAGCACUUGACCCAUUGCAGCAAAAUUUGGAGUUUGCUGCAUUUACGGGUACCAAUUGUUGCAGUGCAAUGGCUGCGCUAAAUUUCAUCCAACGGAGUCAAAAUUCGUUGAAGGAUCUUUGGAUCCAAACGGAUCACACGAAGGAUCUGGAAAAACUGCUCCCAGCCUUGAGUGCUUUCAAGCGACUGAGGAACGUCGUGUUUGUGCUGAAAACCUCAUUUGUCAGAGGUAGAAUUGGCUUGCUUGAACAAAGUUGGUUCCAGAUCGCAUUGAAGAAAUGGGUUGAUCCGAAAGGCGCUUUGAAGCAAGCGACGCUGUUUCUUCCGUCAUCAGUGAAUGCGGGAUCUGAAUACUCAUUCUACACCUACAACACGGCGAUAAUGAAACAGGCUGAUUUUUCGUUGGCAUUCGUUACCCGAUUUUACUCUGAGUGGCUAAAAUUCAUACCUGACAAGGAAGAACUCGGUCAGCUUUCGAUAUUCGAAGUUAUUGACGUCAUUUGUACUGGUCUU